AUGAAUAUACUGAGGAAGAUGGCGAAGUGGUCGAUCGUUAAGAGAAUCCCCGUCUAUGGAGGUUCAUUCACUUCUAUGAAACAUAUGGUGUUAGCUCCUGCUGAGUUGAGCUGGAGCUGCUCGUUCUCAGCUAUGCACUCAUUGAUAAACACAGGAGAAGAAGACGAAGAACUCCUGAAGAAAACCGCUGACAAUAGUGAAACCGGUUCCAAGUUCAUCAGCAAAAUCGAUUACACGAAACUUGUGGAGAAGUAUAGAAGAGAUGGAAAUCUCUCUGCUGCAGAUGACUUGUUGCAGUCUUUACAAGACAAGAACGUUUGCUUGCCUGUUUCGGUUUUCGAGAGCCUUCUUGCAGCAGCGGGUGAGCAGAGCGAUAUGAAGCUCUCUUGCAGAGCUUUCAGAGAGCUGUUGAUGCAAGCGGGUAAGCCUUUGAGCUCAGACUGUUAUCUCAACCUCGCGAGAGCCUUUAUUAACACCGAUGAUUGCAUACACUUGUUGAGUCUUCUCAAAGAAGUAGCAGAGUCUUCUCUUCCGUGUAGGUUAAUAGUGAUAAACAGAACCAUCCUUGCAUUUGCAGAAUCUCGACAGAUCGAUAAGGUCCUUAUGAUACUUGAGCAGAUGAGAGAGUGGGAGUGUAAACCAGAUGUGAUCACAUACAACUCGGUUUUGGACAUCUUGGGCCGGGCUGGACUCGUGAAUGAGAUGCUUAGGUUAUUGUCAUCGAUGAAGGAAGAUUGCGACGUAUCACUAAACAUCAUUACGUACAACACGGUGAUAAACGGGUUGAGGAAAGCUUGUAGGUUCGACAUGUGUUUGGUGUUAUACAACGAAAUGGUUCAGCGUGGGAUUGAACCUGAUCUGCUUAGUUAUACCGCGGUGAUAGACAGUUUGGGUCGAUCGGGGAACAUUAAGGAAUCGUUGAGGCUUUUCGAUGAGAUGAAACAGCGAGGGAUCCGACCAUCGGUUUAUGUCUACCGAGCAUUGAUCGAUUGUCUGAAGAAGUCGGGAGAGUUUCAGAGGGCGUUGCAGCUUUCGGAUGAGUUGAAGAACAGUUCUUCGUUAGAUUUGGCAGGUCCACAAGAUUUUAAACGACACUUGAGACCACCAUAUAGACGCUAA